AUGGGAGAAUCGAACGAAACACCCGACACGAUAACCCCGACAUUUCCGCUUGGCGUCAUCAAACGAACGACGGAGCGACACAAGACGAGCUACACGCCCGGCAAAAUGGCGGACGGCAAGAUCCGCCUUGGUGCAUUUCUAGUAUUAGUGGGUUUGUGUGUUCCGCAACUCGCCACCUUAGCACGAGCGCAGGCGGCGUGCGACGCAGGAUCCCAGUGCGUGGACAUUUACCAGUGCCCGCCGCUGCUGACAAUAAUCAACAAGCCGAAACGGUCCAGGCAGGAGUUCGAGCUGCUGAGGAGCAGGCACUGCGGUUUCCGGGAUAGGAUACCGCUGGUGUGCUGUCAAAGCGUCGAUCCUACGCCAACUACGACGACGACGACAACAACAACAACAACAACCCCAGCGCCAACACCACCAACAGGAAAUAGGUGCUUCACGCCCGACGCCCAGGAUGGCAAGUGUGUCGGCCUCUAUUCCUGCCAGCACUUGACGUCAUUGCUGCAGCCACCUGCCUCCAAUGAGAACAUCGCAUUCGUGCAGAACUCACGGUGCCAAGGGACGGAGAAAUACAGCGUGUGCUGCGGUCCCUCACCACCGUCCGUUGGCACCGUAUCGCGCCCCACGAUAUGCACGCCCUCCGCCGCGCCGCCAGAUCCCGUGACGCAGUGCUGCGGCCUCGAGAGCGGCGGUGGCAACAGAAUCGUCGGUGGUAACGUCACUUCCAUCGACCAGUACCCGUGGCUGGCGAUCAUAGAGUACAAGAAGGACGACAAGAUCAAGCUCCUGUGCGGCGCCGUGCUCAUCAGCGGCAAAUACGUGCUGACGGCAGGCCACUGCGUCGUGGGACCGGUGCUGGCUGUUGGCACACCCACAAACGUGCGCCUAGGGGAAUACGACACCGUCAACUCAGGACAGGACUGCGUUGAGGUCGAAGGGGGCGGCGAGGACUGCACCGACGGCGCUCUGAUAGUGCCAAUCGAGAAAGUCAUCGCCCAUCCGGAGUACGACCCCGACAGCGCGCUGAGGAGGCACGAUCUCGCGCUGCUGAGACUAAGCGAGAUGGCCCCGUACUCAGAUUUCAUUCGACCAAUAUGUCUGCCAACGACGAAUUUGGCGCAGUCCUCGCCUCCAGAGCUCAGGCUGUACGCGGCCGGCUGGGGCGCGGUCAGCACCACUGAGAGCAGUAGCCGCCUCAAGUUGCACGUCAGCCUUCCGUUUAAGACGCAAGAGGAGUGCCAGCGGCCCUACACGCACCCGCGGAGGCGGGUGAACCUGUGGCAGGGGCAGAUAUGCGCGGGCGGCGAGGCGGGCAAGGACUCGUGCAAGGGCGACUCCGGCGGGCCCCUGAUGCACGAGAACGGGCGGCACUUCGAGGUGGUCGGCAUCGUCAGCUUCGGCCCGACGCCCUGCGGCCUCGACAACAUACCGGGCGUGUACACAAACGUCUACGAGUACCUGCCGUGGAUACGGAGCCAGAUAACGCCC